AUGGCUGAUACGCGCUUUAAGUUGAAUACCGGCGCAGAGAUACCAGCGUUAGGCUUAGGAACCUGGAGGUCAGGUCCAGGAUUGGUUCAAAAAGCUGUUACACACGCCUUAUCAGUAGGGUAUAGACACAUUGACUGCGCAUACGUUUACGAAAAUGAGUCUGAGGUUGGCGAAGCUUUAGGUGAGGCUUUUUCAAAGGGAUUGAAGCGUGAGGACGUUUUCAUUACCACCAAGCUUUGGUCUACAUAUCAUUCUCGAGCAGAGGAAGCACUUGAUAAGAGUCUCAAAAGCCUUGGAUUGGAAUAUGUUGAUCUUUAUUUGAUGCAUUGGCCUUUUGCUAUGAAUCCUCAUGGUAACCACGAUCUAUCUCCGCGAGCGCCAGAUGGAACACGCGAAAUAGUCAGGGAUUGGUCACAUGUAAAAACAUGGAAAAGUAUGGAGAACCUCUUGGCUACAGGUAAAGUCAAGGCGAUCGGAGUUUCCAACUGUUCUGUUCCUUAUUUAGAGGAAUUAAUUGCGGAAGCAAAAGUCAUUCCUGCUGUCAACCAAAUAGAAAAUCAUCCAUCGCUUCCACAACAAGAGAUUGUUGAUUAUUGCCAUUCGAAGGGUAUUCAUAUUACGGCCUAUAGUCCUUUUGGAAGUGCAGGAUGCCCAAUGUUCACUGAACCAACAAUCGUAAAAGUGGCCGAGCAUAGAAAUAUUACACCGGCGUCAGUGCUGUUGAGUUAUCAGGUCACUCGAGGAAUUUCGGUUAUCCCCAAAUCAGUCACUCCUGAACGCAUAACAGAAAACAAAGAUUCCACGACCAUCCUCAGCCCCGAAGAUAUGAAGAUAUUAAAUGAGUAUUCAGAAGAAUUACGAAAAUCAGGAAAGCUGAAGAGAUAUAUUGUGCCGCAAUUCGGGGUAGAUCUUCGCUUUCCUGAUAUGGAAUGA